CCUUGCCACAGUUAACCAGUAAUCCGAUCCGACCUAGGGUGUAUUCACUCAGUUCCCUCCGAGCCCCUUCACCGGAGUCGUUAGCAAUAAAAGUGAAAGAACAGCAUUGUCUUCGGCAACAAACUGUUGAUUAAUCGACGGGAGAAAGGAUAUUCGCUUGGAGCUACAAUGAUCCGAGCAAGAGAUUUUCUGUUCUUAUCCCUCUUGGGGCUUAUGGCCAGUGCACUUGGCCUCAAAGUCUCCACGGGCUAUCAUAUAGUGCAUAACCAGCCGGCGUCUUAUCCUAGUUUCCAUGGCUAUAGGUACCUCCAAGGAUCGGCUCCAUCCCAAUUUGUUGUGGGCAAUAGCCUGCCCACUUCUCCGGCUCCCCAGCAUCCAUUCUCAGCUCCUGCCAGUACUCCAGUGACUGCCUACGGCUACAGUUUUCCCACAGCGGGUCGGGUGGCCUGUGCUGCUCCGCCGGCAGUUUGCGAGAAGACUGCCUAUCGCACGCUCGAUGGAUCCUGCAACCAUCUGGAGCGACCUGAGCUCGGAGUGGCCAACGCCAGAUAUGGUCGCCUGAUGACACCCAAGUACGCCGAUGGUAUCUCGGCGCCCACUAGAUCCGUAACCGGAGGCGAGCUGCCAAGCGCCCGUCUGGUGUCCCUGGUGGCCUUCGGGGAGCAGGAUGUGCCCGAUCCCGAGUUCACGCUGCACAACAUGCAGUGGGGCCAGAUCAUGACGCACGACAUGAGCAUGCAGGCGGGAGGCACCCAGUCGAAGAAGCAUCCCACUCGCUGCUGCACGGACGAUGGCCGCCUAAUUGGCCUGGACACUGCCCACAAGACAUGCUUCGCUAUCAUUGUGCCGCCCCACGAUCCCGCCUACUCCCAGGUGGGCACCGAAUGUCUCAACUUCGUGCGCACGCUCACAGAUCGCGACUCGAACUGUCAGUACCGCGGCGGGCCGGCGGAGCAGCUGACUGUGGUCACCUCUUACUUGGAUCUUUCGCUGGUCUAUGGCAACUCCAUCCAGCAAAACAGCGACAUCCGAGAGUUCCAGGGCGGACGGAUGAUUGUGGAGGAGCGUAAUGGCGCCAAAUGGAUGCCACUGUCCAGGAAUGUCACCGGCGACUGUGAUGCUGUGGAUGCCAGCGAGGUGUGCUACCGUGCCGGCGAUGUGAGGGUCAACCAGAACCCGGGUUUGGCCAUCCUCCAGACGGUCCUGCUGCGCGAGCACAACCGCAUUGCGGACCACUUGGCCGCCUUGAACCCGCACUACGAUGAUCGGACGCUGUUCCAGGAGGCGCGCAAGAUCAACAUUGCCCAGUACCAGCAGAUCAGCUACUACGAGUGGCUGCCCAUCUUCCUGGGCGGCGAGAACAUGCUGAAGAACCGGCUUAUAUACAAGGCCCCGCCCGGAAGCUUUAUCAACGACUUUGAUACCAAUAUCGAUCCGGCGGUUCUCAACGAGCACGCAACUGCCGCCUUCAGAUACUUCCACUCGCAGAUCGAAGGCCGUUUGGACUUGUUGUCGGAGCUGCGUCAAGUGCUCGGAUCCCUGACCCUCAGCGACUGGUUCAACCGUCCCGGCAUCAUCGAGGUUGGCGAUAACUUCGACUCUUUGACCCGAGGACAUGCCACUCAACCGGAGGAACUGACCGAUAUUAACUUUGACAGACAGAUUAAGCACUUCUUGUUCAGGAGAAACAUGCCCUUCGGUUCGGAUCUGCGAUCCUUGGACAUUCAGCGCAAUCGUGAUCACGGUCUGGCCAGCUACAACGACAUGCGUGAGUUCUGCGGCCUGAGGCGAGCCCACUCGUGGGAGGGCUAUGGCGAUCUGAUCAGUCCUCCGAUUCUGGAAAAGCUCAAGUCUCUGUACGAGAGCCACGAGGAUGUGGACCUGACUGUCGGAGCCUCCUUGGAAGCCCAUGUAGCCGGAGCUCUGGCCGGACCCACCUUCCUGUGCAUUCUCACUGAGCAAUUCUACCGCACUCGAGUUGGAGAUCGGUUCUUCUUCGAGAACGGAGACAAGCUUACUGGAUUUACCCCGGACCAACUUGCCGAGCUGAAAAAGGCGAGUAUGGCCCGUCUUCUGUGCGAUAAUGGCAACCACAUUACUUCCAUGCAGCCCGAGGCUUUCCGAACGGUUUCCCAUUCGAAUCCCAUCCUGCCGUGCUCGAAUAUUCCACAAGUCGACCUCACCAAGUGGAUUGACCAAAAGCCAUAUGCCGCGGUAGAUCCGUCCGCUCAUUUCGGAAAGAAGUGAUCGCUGGCGCUUCGCCGUGCGAUCUAUUAUUAACUAGUUGAAUACAAAAUACCUUUAGCUUAAUCAGUAACAUAAUCAUUAACUCAAUCGCUCCCCACUCCCCCUUGUAUGAUAA